AUGCGACCAAGUGCUCGCGUGUUGAGGAUGGCCUCCGAAGUCGUCCGCGAUGGCGUCUUUGCCAUCAAUAAACCCUGCGGCCAGAGCUCGGCGCAGAUCAUCCGCGAGUGCCAGUACCACUUCAACCCGUCGACCUUCUUCAAGCCCAUGAUCGAAGCCACCAAGUCGCAGCGCCUCAAGGAGUCCAAGGGGCAAUUCAAGCGCCGCAGAGAGGUCAAAAGAAGCAACCAGGUCAAGAUGGGUCACGGAGGCACCUUAGAUCCCCUGGCCACCGGUGUGCUCAUCGUCGGCAUCGGAUCCGCCACCAAGAUGCUGCCCCAGUUCCUCGACUGCACAAAGACGUACGAGACGACCGUCGUCUUUGGCGCCAGCACCGACACGUACGACCGCGUGGGUCGCAUCAUCAACAAGCGGCCCUACGACCACAUCACCAAGGAAAUGGUCCUCAAGGAACUUGCCAGCUUUAGGGGCAAGCAGACCCAAGUCCCCCCGCUCUACUCGGCCCUCAAGAUGAACGGCAAGCCGCUCUACGAGUACGCGCGCGAGGGAAAGGCCAUCCCCCGCGAGAUUGCGGCCAGGGACGUCGACGCCCUCGAGGUCGAGCUCGUCGAGUGGUACGAGCCCGGCACGCACAACCACCGCUGGCCCACCGAGGAGGCCGAGGCGGCCGAGCGCAAACUUGCCGAGCAAGUCUGGCGGGUUAAGAAGCUGCAGGAGACGUCCAAACAGCUGACUCCUGAAGAAAAGGAGGAAGACGACCAAGCAAUGGCAGCGCAUGAGUCGUUCAAGCGCAAGUUUGAGGCGAGACAGGACGAGCUCAUCACCGACGUGCCAAAGAGGCGGAGACAGAGUCCCCCGCAGGCCUUGAUGUCGGGCGCCCUUGGCUCACUCCCCCCGCCCGGGUACUCGACCAAGGGGUCCAACCUCGUGCCUCCGUCUCCGGACCAGGACACGCCCCCUCCGUGGACCGACGAGGGCCCCCCGGCCUGCAAAAUCCGGCUGACGGUGACGUCGGGCUACUACGUGCGCAGCUUCUGCCACGACCUGGGGGCCAAGCUCGAGUCGGCCGGCAUCAUGGCCGAGCUGUGUCGCGUUCGCCAGAGCGACUUUACCGUCGGGGGCAUCAACACGCUCGACUUUGACGACCUGACCAAGGGCGAAGAUGUCUGGGGGCCCAAGGUGGCCAACAUGCUUGCGCGCUGGAACGGCGAGCCUGAGGGCCAUUGGCCUGGAACCCCGGCCACCACCAAGCCCAAGCAGGUCUCGGAAGAUUCGCCGACGCCCAAGAAGCAUGAGCAAAAGUCGCCCAGCUUGCCCCGGGCCAACCCAAGCUCGCCUCAGGCCGAGAAGCGCAAGCGUUCUCCCGCCCAAGAAGGGGCCCAAUCGACGCCGCGCAAAGUGCCGGCGACGGCUAACGACGAGUCAAUCAACAAGCCAGGCCGAUCUGAAGCCGAAAAAGAGCGGAAUGGCAUCGAGGAUUAA